GUGUCAAAGUAUAUUAAAAUUGAAACUUCCGUGUUCAGUUGACAAACGUCCUGUUUAGUUAUGGCCAGAUUACGAUCGUCGAUAACUCAAAUUUGAAUUCGAAUCCUAGGUUUUUUAGCGAGUGGAUGAUGUCAGAUAUCAGUCAGUUUUGUUAUCUGUUAAUGUUCGCAAUUAUCUUUGUCCUUUCUAUAAAAGAGACAAAUGGAUUUUUUAUCAAACAUGUUCAAUCAGUGUACAAAUGAUACGGGGAUGACGCUUUUUAGGAAUUUUUAUGGUAUUGGUUACUAUCUGAACCUUACUAAGAACUGUUUUGACUCAACAACUCAGUUUAAAUUUCAUCAAUCUGGCUCCAUAUUAACACCAAAUACAGAAGGUUGCUUUGUAGGAGAAAAAAACAAAAAAGAUUUGUUUGUGAUAUACGAAAACAAAGGUGACAUUGCUGCUGCAUGCAAUGAAGCAAACGCCUUAACCCAAAUUUUUCUAGGUGGAAUAUUUACUUCCGACUUUAAUAAAUGUGUAGUACCUCCUGGAUAUAUUAAACGUCAUGUCUACAUGGGAAUAGCCAAAUGUAAUGAUGAAGAAGAUCAGCGAUUUCAUUUUGGUUCAGUGGUAUGUGCGGGACAAAAGAUAGCGAACGCUAGUUGUUCUAAUAAUCAAUAUAUGGUAGUAAAAAAGGCUGAAUAUCGUGGAUUGAGUAAAGGAAGCUCUUGUGGCUCGAGUUAUAAUUUUAGUUGUAGUGUUGAUGUGACAUGUGACCUUAAAAAUUAUUGUGAUGGUGAAAGGGAAUGUAAUAUAACUGUUGAUGAUAAUCAUUUUCCUUCGAAUAUUUGUCCUGGUUUGGAGAAAUAUCUUUACUUUGAAUAUCAAUGUAACGACACAAGUAUGCCACACAGAGAGAUUUGUAAUUUUCAUGAUGUAAGUCUGUCUCAGUCGAAUCUACCCAACGAAGGUCUCGUGGAUGUUUUUACCAAGUAUAGAAACUUCACCAUCUGCAACAAUGGUCUUUUACGUAAAGAAAAGACACUUGUUUGUGAGCACUUCGGAUAUCCUACCGCAGCAUCUUUGGAAGGCUCAAGGUCGUUAUCGUCUUCUUUUAUACCUGGAAAUGUCAAAUGUGAUGCGCAAGUGUUCAAUUUAUCUCAAUGUGCUAUCACUCAAAAUAAUGAUUGUUCUCAAUACUCGUACGUAACAUGUCAUAUUUGUGACAGGCCUUUAUUAAAUAACACGCAUAGUUUUCCAGACUCCUCAUUUACUGCCUCGGCUUUAACAGAAGGUCAUAGUGCUGCUAAUGCAAGAAUAUCAAGUGGCAGUUCUUGGUGUGCUCCUGCUGAUGAUGGCAAUCAUUAUCUACAACUGAACUUUGAAAAACUUUAUGCCAUAAACACAAUCGCGAUCUUUGGAGACAAUAUAAGCCCAAGUUGGGUAGCUAGCUAUUACGUGAACACUACAUCUGAUUUAAAAAAUUGGAAAUCAGUUUUUCGCACGAAUUUACAGCUUUUCGAAGGCAACAAAAACGCUUACAAUGACGCUGCUAUAUCAAGCAUCACAGGGGGUAUUAGAACGAAAGCUUUACGGCUUAUUCCGGUGAAUUACCAUGGUCGACCAUGCUUACGAACAGAAGUUUGUGGUGGAGAAUUGCUUCCAGGCCAACCGACCCAUCUCAGAGUCACUUCCACCACGUCAAGAAAUGCUAAAGUAUCCUGGAUGGCACCCAAAAACGUUGCUGUGACACCUGGUACUGGUGUUAAAAAUCCUCUGACAAACUUCAGGCUGGUUCUAAAGAAAAAAAUGAAGGUCAUUUCAAACAAAACUGAGCCAUCUAACGUUGCUAAGCCUUACAUGUUCCGCCAUCUUAUUCCUAACACAAUUUACAUGGUAGAUGUAGCCGCUGGAAACUCUGAAGGCUUUGGAGAACCAGCAAUUUUAUCUUUCCAAACAAACGAGGAUGUACCUGAUGGUCCUCCUUUGAACGUCACAAUCUACGUCAUAGGCGAUACAUCGUUGUUAAUCACGUAUUUCUUUGUCGUUGCUAUGGAAGAUGACGGACAACGUCUCCCAUCGACUUCUGAAUUGAAAAUGGAAAACUUUGUAAGGGUGCUUCCUAUUCAACUGAUUGGAGUGCUGUGGGAAGAACAACUUCAGAACAAAUCUCAAAUCCAUCUCCAACCAUAG